AUGAAUACUUUCGCGAAUAAUACCAUGUCACCGGCUAGUGCUCCUGCCUUGCUUCGCUCCGUCUCGGGUGACGAGAGCGAACUGCCUCCUCUUAUGAUUGUCGUGCAACCCUCCAUCAAGCAAACAAGGACGAUGCGGUCGCUUCCUGAUCGCGUCCAGAACCACUCCUACACAUCAUGUCCUGCUGGCCCAUCAGCUUCUUCUUCCUUUGGACCUGAAGCAGUCGAAAGCACUGCGGACCUGAUCAGCAUGUACCGUCAAGUAUGGCAAAAUCAAGUUUCACCUCUUUCCACGGACAUGAGCACCAAGAGACAACAAAGCGACUAUUGCUUUGAUAACGAUGAAGAGGAGGACGACGACGACGACAUGAGCGUCUUUUCCCUUGCUUCUUCCUUUUCCAUGGAUGAUCAGCAUCUGUUUUCCGAGAUUGAUUCUAUUGAAGUCCGUCGGAAACAGGUGGCAAUAACCCCUCGACAGACCACAGAAAGCGACCCAAUCAUGAUUGUCGAUGAUUUCGACUCAGUCUCCUCUGUGGACACCAUGUACUCAUUUGACGGAGACCUUACCAGCAAGAAAGCUGAUAGGUGCAUAUGA